ACAACUCGACUCAUUCGAUCGCGACCACCCGCUGAAGCUACACAGCGAGCGCGACCGCGCUGACAUUCUCCGUCUGUGAUAGUAAAAUGCCCACCAAACAAUAAAAAUUAAAACACAAACAGUGCCGUGUCUCUUUAAAAUCGUUUACGUAAAAUGUCUCGCGCGUCCGUUUUCAAAACAUACUUCUAAACAUGACCAAAUAUAAGCUGAACAACACGGGCCGGUCCUCUUCGGAAGUCACUCUCACGUCCUACAUGGGUAGCACGGACAGCGAGAGGAAGGACGACAGAUAUUACCAGAUGCAGCUGGAUUCCAAUGAGAACGAUAAUAUAUCAGAAACGAAUCGUAAUAUAGACGGGAAGUGCCAUGACUGUCCCGAUUCGUGCGAAUUUCUCCAAGAACCGGGCAAGAUAGCUGCGUCGUUGGAGAAACGGUACGAUAAGUACAGUUUGAACGAGUUAAAAGUUGAGAACCUGGGUAGGGAUGCGUGUCUAUGCGAGAAGUACAAUGGGGGUUGUAAACUGUGCCCUCGUCCUAGUCUCGCUCCAACGCUGACGCUCAGCUUGGACGGCAACCAUGGAAAAGAUUCCUGUCUCGCAUGCCAAGGAGCAUCUUGCGGAUCGCCCAAUCCUAUUGGAAAUGGACCGUAUCAACAUUAUUCACCCACACCGAAGAAGAGUACGUGGAAAAGCGAUGCUGUCCGGCGCCUCCGAGCCUGUUGUUCCAAGAAAACUCUUCUUCGCAGGAUACCCAUUCUUGCUUGGUUACCACAUUAUUCCUUCAGAAGUGGUUUAGCGGAUAUUAUUGCAGGAUUGACAGUAGGGCUGACAGUGAUCCCACAAGCAAUAGCCUAUGCAGGAGUGGCCGGUCUUCCUCCCCAAUACGGGCUAUACUCCUCAUUCAUGGCUUGCUUCGUGUACACUGUGUUCGGUUCCGUAAAAGAUUCAGCCAUUGGCCCUACUGCCAUAGCCGCCAUACUGACGAGAGAAAACCUGCACGGUCUUGGUCCGGAGUUCGCGGUGCUGCUGGCAUUUUUAUCUGGUUGCGUUGAACUUAUCAUGGGUAUACUUCAGCUAGGAUUUCUGAUCGACUUCAUCAGUGGACCGGUGUCAGUUGGUUUCACCUCGGCAGCUGCAAUCAUCAUUGCCACAACUCAAGUCAAAGAUAUAUUGGGGCUCAGCUUUCCUGGUGGAAAAUUCUUACAGGUAUGGACCGGUAUGUACGAGCAUAUAGGCGAAACCAGACUGUGGGACACCGUGCUGGGCGUUUCUUGCAUCGUCGUGUUAUUACUUCUAAGAAAAGUGAAAGACAUAAAGAUCGGCACAAAAGAUGUGUCAGAGAGUGAAGGCAAGGUAUCGCGACUGAAGGCAGCGGUCGCGCAGGCGCUGUGGUUCCUCUCCACAACUCGCAACAUCCUCGUGGUGCUGGUGUGCGCCGCCCUCGCCUACUACUUCGACACGCAGAACAAGCAGCCUUUCGUGCUGACCGGCGAAGUGAAGGCUGGCCUACCCCAGAUGUCUCCUCCGCCAUUCUCUGCCACGGUGGGAAACCAUACCUACUCUUUCACUGAAAUGGCGUCCACACUCGGUUCCGCCAUUUUUGUAGUGCCAUUGCUCUCUAUACUAGAGAACAUCGCACUUGCAAAAGUGUUCUCGGAGGGCAAGUACGUGGACGCGACGCAGGAGAUGGUGGCGCUGGGCGUGUGCAACAUCGCGUCAUCGCUGGUGGAGUCCAUGCCGGUGUCGGGCGCGCUGUCGCGCGGCGCCGUCAACCACGCGUCCGGCGUCGCGUCGCCCGCCGGCGGCCUCUACACCGGCGCCCUUGUGCUGUUGGCACUUCAGUAUUUCACACCCUACUUCUACUACAUUCCAAAGGCGUCGCUAGCGGCGGUGAUCAUAGCAGCCGUCGUCUUCAUGAUGGAAUUACACGUCUUUAAGCCGAUUUGGCGAACUAAGAAGGUAGACAUUAUACCUGCGGUAGUCACAUUCGGGGCGUGUCUUGUGACGCGAUUGGAGCUGGGCAUCGUGCUGGGCAUCGCCGUUAAUCUUUUGUUCCUACUCUACGCGUCCGCACGACCCGCCGUGCGCGUCACCACCGCCGUUUCGGAGGGCGGCGUGCGCUACGCGGUAGCGACCAUCGACCGCGCGCUGGCGUUCCCCGCGGCGGAGUACGUGCGGCGCGCGCUGCGCAAGGCGGCCGGUGACGCGCCGCUCGUGCUGGACGCGCACCACGUGCAGGCCGCCGAUUUCACCGCCGCCAAGGGAAUAAAAUCUCUAAUCGAGGACUUCCACGCUCGCGGUCAGACGAUCAUAUUCUAUAACGUGAAGCCUUCCAUCGCGGAGGUGUUCCGGGGCGUGAAGCCGCGCGAGUUCGUGCAUUGCUCGUGUCGCGCUGAGCUCGAGCGACUGCUCCUCGAGGCGCAGCGACGCGCGAGGCGAGCCACGUGAAUGUUCGUGACGCGUUAUCAUACCAGAUCUCUAAACAGCACAAAGAGUAGAAGUGUAAAAAUAUAGUCAAAACAAAAUUUUUAUAAAGAGAUAAGUAUAAAUGAAUUAGAUGUCAUUGGUAUUUUAAACUACCACAGCUAAGCCCGUGUGUCCAAGCGAGGCGAUACUUUAGUAGUAACUUAUAUACAUACAGUGUAUUUAUGUUAUCUUAAGCCAGGUAAGAAAUAUAGUGUAUGAUAGCGGGCGUGUUUUUAACAGUAUUAGAAUUUAAUAAAUUGUUGAAAAUAAAUAAAUGUUCUCAGAAUAUUAA